AACGAAACCCGAGCUACAUCGCAAGCAGCUGCCGAUUCCCGCGCAUUUUUCUCCCAAAAUCUUGGUUUUUUUCGCUAUUUGGUUUUCACUCGCAUUAAAACCACCGUAGCGGCAGGAAUCUGCCACAAAAGUGUCCUUGAGAUAUCCGGCAUAAUUUCCAUUUGUUAGUUUCUGUGACUAAAUUUGUGAAAUAAAAGAGAUUAUUUUGCGCAUCAACAUCACAAACAAAGAAUAAUGCCGCGACGCAAGGCCGUAACCAACAACAACAAUGCCGGCGAGGCAGACGACCAGCCCACUGCGGCAAAAAAGGCGCGCACUGUUUUCAUGCUGGAACUACCCAAGCGACGCCAGACUGCAGGCAGCGUGCUGGUAUGCGGCACGGGCGACACUGGGCAGCUUGGAUUGGGCGAGGAUAUACAGGAGCGUAAGCGGCUUUCCGUGGUGGAGAAUAUCCCAAAUCCUGUGGAUAUUUGCGCUGGUGGCAUGCACAGCCUCGUGCUGACGAAGAGCGGGGACAUCUACUCUUUCGGCUGCAACGACGAGGGCGCCUUGGGACGCAGUUCCAGUGAGGACGGCAGCGAGUCGUUGCCCGCUUUGGUCGACUUGCCCGGCAAAGCGCUGUGCAUUUCGGCGGGAGAUUCGCACUCUGCGUGCAUAUUGGAAGACGGCAGCGUGUAUGCCUGGGGAUCGUUCCGCGACUCGCAUGGCAAUAUGGGCUUGACCAUCGAUGGCAACAAGCGCGUUCCCGCUAACCUUUUGCCGGGAACUGUAUGCUGCAGCAUUGCCUCGGGCUCCGAUCACUUGGUUAUAUUAACCACCAAAGGAAAAGUGUUUACAGUCGGAUGCGCUGAGCAGGGUCAGCUGGGACGCAUUUCACAGCGUUCAGUGGGCGGAGAGGGUCGCCGGGGCAAGCGCGAUCUACUUCGACCGGACGAGCUAAUACUGAAGCGUACCAAGCCGUUCGAGGCCAUAUGGGCCACGAAUUACUGUACUUUCCUGCGGGAAUCACAAACAGAGACUAUCUAUGCCGUCGGCUUGAACAACUUCAAGCAGCUGGCGUACGAGAAGGAUGUGGAAGUGGUUUUGUAUCCCAUUGCGAGUAAGCUGAAAGACAUCAAGCAGAUUACUGGCGGUGUCCAUCAUACACUAUUUCUGAAGAGCGAUCAAAAGUGUUAUGCCGUUGGUCGGCCAGAGUAUGGACGCUUGGGCCUGGGCGAAAAGGCUGAUGUGGUGGACCAAUUAACGCCCGCUAAUAAGCUGUCGGACAACAUUGUCCAUGUGGGAUGUGGCGAAGUCUCUUCGUAUGCAAUCACUGAAGACGGCAAGCUAUAUUCUUGGGGCAUGGGCACCAAUUACCAGCUGGGUGUAGGCGAUGGCGACGAUGAACUGGAGCCGGUUCUUGUCAGCAGCAAGAACACACAAAACAAGAAGAUGCUGCUUGCAUCGGGCGGUGGCCAGCACGGUCUGUUCUUGGUUCAGGCUGAUGUGAAGGAGCAAAAGGAAAAUGUGCCAACAGCAGGCACGAGCGUCAAGAAGGACAAUGCUCCUCUUCUCGCUACGACUGCAACCGAGGAAACAGCAGCCAACUAUAAAACUCCACCGAAAAAGGCCGCUGCUAAGCGAGGAGCAGCUGCUGCAGCAAAGGAGGAAAGCGAAAUAGUUAUUGCAGAAGCCACAAGCACCAAGAGUGACACGAGUCCUACUCCUCCAUCGCCAACUUACCCCAAGGAAACUGCCAAGGGUGGUGUUUCAAAAUCUAAAACUCCACCGAAGAAAGCCGCUGUCAAGCGAGGAGGAUCCAAAAAGAAGUAAAACUUAAGAAUAAUUCAAUAAAAGUUGACUACACCCAAUUUGUUUUUGGUCGCAUUUAGCGGCUCCCUACGCUUAUCCUAAUUAAGAAAUGUUUACGCCUGAUCCCGAAAUUUCCGAGACACGAUACAUAUUAUUGUUUAUAUCAGAAAAUAGUUGUAUGGUAAAUUUUUGUUUUCCGUUUGUGUAUCUUGGAAAUCCAACGAUUGGCGAUAGAUUCCUAAUAAAACAAAUGAUUUGUUUAAAUAA